ACUCCUAGAGAUCGCGAGUUGUGGGGCAAGAUGAGCUUGGAUCAUCGCAUCGAUCGUUCUAAUUAUCAUUUGGCCAAGGUAUAUCGGCUAUUUCACUUCUUCUCCUCUUUCUCCUUUUUUUUUUUUUUUUUUUUUGCGAAGUAUUAUGUUCUCACCAUUCUAGUCCUUGUACAGUUGCAAACCUUGUGGGCCACCUGCCCUUCCCAGCGAAGUGAUACCCUCCGCGAGGCAUAUAACCGGUUGAAGAAAGAUCGCAAGCAGCUGAAUGACGAGAAACAGCUGGUGGAGAAGCGAAACGAAAGGUUGGAAGAAGACCUGAGCAAUUUGCGCGUGGAGGUCGACUCGCUUAAAGAUAAGAUGGCUUUGAUGGAGGAAGAGCAUAAGCAUACUCUUAGCCAACUGUCUGAAGCCAUGGACAACAAUUCUCUGCGAUAUGAAGAGGGUCGUCGUUUGGGUCAGAUGGAAUUCCUUCAUACUCCCCUUGGAGAGCGGUUUAGGGACGAGUUCGUGAAGGCUUUUCUGGCGAGACUUUGGAAAUCCAUGCUUUUCUUCCGGAGGGCUCUUCCCGUUUCCAAAUUCUUCUGGUCAGAAGGGAUUCGGGUUGCACAAGCGGAGAUCGAUGCUGCGGGGUUCUCACUGAAGCUAGAUGAAAAAGAGAUGUCAAAGAAAGCCAGUCAGAACAUCCCCGGUUGGGGAGGAGAUCCUUCUGAGCCCGCGAACUUAGCUUGGUGGACGCCUAUCUUCUCAUCCGUUGCGAACCAACUAUGUCCUCGCCCAUCCGAGCAGGCUGGUCCUUCGACGGCGGCGGUUGUUGGAGGAGAUACUGAAGAGGAUGCUCUGGGAGAUGCUGUUGACGCUUAUAACCCUGUUGAUGAUGAAGGUGGUGCGACUCCGGAUGAUCUCGCCGAAGGGUCACCCGCAUAGAUUAGGGGUAGUUUCCGUUAAAAUCUGUGGGAGUUUAAACAUUCUGUGUUCUUCUUUUUCUUUUGCUGUCCUAAACUAAUAUUCUAUCUAUGCUAUUUUUGCUAGUUUAUGAGAUGUGUUUUCAUACCUUGCGAUUUGUUGAUGUUAGUAUGGC